GAAGCGGAAGUGCCGCCAGCGUAGCUAUGGAGACGCGGGGGGCGGAGCUGCCUCGGCUGCGUGACCUUUGACUGCUCUCCUACGACAGCGGCAGAGCCGCUGGGACUCCAGCAGAGGCUGCGGUGAUGGAGGAUCCUGUUCCGGAUGGGGUGGCGGCCGCCCCCGGGACCGGCAAGUCCAAGCUGGAAAUGUUGCCUAAGGAAGAGCUCAUCAAGUUUGCCAAGAAGCAAAUGAUGCUGUUGCAGAAAGCUAAAUCAAGGUGCACAGAAUUAGACAAGGAAAUUGAAGAAUUGAAAUCAAAACCUGUUGAUGGAGGAACUGAUGAUAUUAUUAAGGUAUUAACUGAACGUCUGGAUGCUAUUCUUCUGGAAAAAGCAGAGACUGAGCAGCAGUGUCUUUGUCUAAAGAAAGAAAAUAUGAAAAUGAAGCAAGAGAUUGAGGAUUCUGUGACUAAAAUGGAAGAUUCACACCAAAAGUUUCAACAAUCACAUAGAAACUAUGUAAAAGAAAUUGAAAGCUUGAAAAAUGAAUUGAUGGCAGUACAUUCGGAAUACAGUAAAGAUAAAGCUAGCUUACAAAAAGAACUGGAGGAAGCAGUGAAUAAACACUCAGAGCUUUUAGAACAACUUAAAUAUUGGAGUGACUCUGAAGAUAAUGUUAGAAAACUACAAGAAGAGAUUCAGAAAAUUAAGCCGGUGUUUGAGGAACAAAUUUUAUGUCUACAAAAGCAGUUAGAAGCUACCACUGAUGAAAAGAAGCAAGAGAUUAUGCAUCUCCAAAAAGUCAUUGAGGAGAACUCUAAACACUACCAAAAAGAUAUUCAUAGUUUACAAGAAGAGCUCUUGCAGCUGAAAGCUACACACAGAGAAGAAGUGAAAGAAUUGAUGUCCCAAAUUGAAACAUCAGCUAAAGAACAUGAAGCAGAAAUAAAUAAACUAAACCAGCUCAAAGAGGUCAUAGUAAAACAGUGCGAGGCAAGUGAGAAGAACAUUCGGGAGAAAUACCAAUGUGAAUUGGAAAACUUAAGGAAAGGCACCUCAAAUACAAACCAAGAAGAUCAGAUUUGUUCUAUACUCUUACAAGAAGAUACUUUUGUAGAACAAGCAGCUUAUGAAAAAGUCAAACAGUUGGAAGAUUCCUUAAGAGAACUUGAAUCUCAACACAGUAUCUUAAAAGAUGAAGUGACUUACAUGAAUAAUCUUAAAUUGAAACUUGAAAUGGAUGCCCAGCAUAUUAAGGAUGAAUUUUUUCAUGAGCGAGAAGACUUGGAAUUUAAAAUUAAUGAACUGCUACUAGCUAAAGAAGAACAGGGCUCUGUAAUAGAAAAAUUAAAAUAUGAGCUAGAAGAUUUAAAUAAACAGUUUUGCUGUGCUGAGGAACAGCAUAACAAAGAAGUACAGAAUCUCAGGGAACACCACCAAAAAGAAAUAUCUGAACUGAAUGAGGCAUUUUUGUCAGGUUCAGAAAAAGAAAAAUUAACAUUAAUGUUUGAAAUACAGGGUCUGAAGGAACAAUGUGAAAGUCUACAACAAGAAAAGCAAGAAGCAAUCCUAAAUUACGAAAGUUUGCGAGAGGUUAUGGAAAUUUUACAAACAGAACUAGGAGAAUCUGCUGGAAAAAUAAGUCAAGAAUUUGAAACAAUGAAGCAACAGCAAGCAUCUGAUGUUCAUGAACUUCAGCAGAGGCUCAGAACUGCUUUUAAUGAAAAAGAUGCCCUUCUUGAAACUGUGAAUCUUCUUCGAGGAGAAAAUGAGAAGUUACUGUCUCAACAGGAAUUAGUACCAGAACUUGAAACUACCAUAAAGAGCCUUCAGGAGAGCAAUGACAUGUACUUACUUAGUAUCAGUCACAGAGAUACAAUAGAUACAAUGUUACAAGAAUUAGAAGCAAAGAUAAGUUCUCUUGCCGAGGAAAAAGAUGAUUUCAUAAAUAAAAUUAAAAAUUCCCAUGAAGAGAUAGAUAAUCUCCAUCAAAAAUGUGAACAGGAACAGAGGUUGGUGAUAGAACUCAGGGAGAAAGUGGAGCAAACCGCCCAGUACAACAGUGAACUUGAACAAACAGUAAAUGAAUUAACUGGAAAACUAGACAAGAUAUUGAGAGAAAAGGAUCAAAAUGACCAAAUCAUUAUGGUUCAAAUGAGAACUAUGUCUGAGGACCAGGAAGCAUUGUCAGCUAAAGUUAAAUCUCUUCAUGAGGAAAAUAAUAGACUAAAUUCUGAAAAGGACCAGAUGAGAAGGGAUUUGGAAGCUCUACAAUCAGAAAAGGAUUGUGUCCUUAAAGAACAUAUCACCAAAUUAGAAAAGGAGCUUCAAAUAAUGGCUGAAGAGCGAGAUAAUUUAAAUAAGCUGCUUGAAAGUGAGCAAGUUCAGAAGUCAUUUGUCAGAACUCAGAUGUAUGGGUAUCUUAAUCAAAUGGUGUCAAAUUUUUCAGAAGAAAAUGAAGAGGAAGAUGUUACAAAAGUCCUACAAGCUAUAGGUGAAUCCUUAGCAAAAUUAAAUGAAGAAAAACAUAACCUGGUGUCUCAAUGUGAUGAAAGAGUUUUAAAGUUAGAAGAAAAGAUUAAGUGCCUUCAGGAAGAGAAUAUAGUUCAGUGUGACGAACUUAGGACUUUACUAAGAGACUAUGAACAAGAAAAAGUCCUUUUAAGAAAAGAAUUAGAAGAAUCCAUGUCCGAAAAAGAAGCCUUGCAAUUUGAUCUUUUAGAAAUGAAGAAUGCUAAUGAAAAAACAAGGCUUGAAAAUCAGAAUCUUUCAACUCAAGUUGAAGAAUUAUCUCAAACAUUACAUAGCAAAAAUGAAAUCCAUAACGAAAAACUUCCUGUAAUGGAACAUGAAAACCUAAAGCCAUUACUUGAACCAAAAGAAUCUGAAUUGCAAGAUGUGAAAGUGGAAUUGGUGUUACUAAAGGAUUCCUUAGAGAAAUCGCCUUCAGUAAAAAAUGAUCAACUCUCAUUGAUAAAAGAGCUGGAAGAAAAAAUAGGAAAUCUAGAAAAAGAAUCCAAAGAGAAAGAUGAGAAAAUAAGUAAGAUAAAAUUAGUUGCUGUGAAAGCCAAGAAAGAACUGGAUUCUAACAGAAAAGAGGCGCAGACACUAAGGGAAGAGCUUGAAUCUGCCCGGUCAGAGAAGGAUCGGCUGUCUGCUUCAGUGAGAGAGCUCAUUCAAGGAGCAGAAAGCUAUAAGAAUCUUUUGUUAGAGUAUGACAAGCAGUCAGAACAGCUGGAUGUGGAAAAAGAGCGUGCUGGUAACUUUGAACAUCAUAUAGAAGAGCUUACCAAACAGUUAAGAAAUUCAACUUUUCAGUGUGAAAAGCUAAGUUCAGACAACGAGGACCUCCUGGCUCGUAUUGAGACACUGCAGUCUAAUGCCAAAGUAUUAGAAGCCCAGAUUUUAGAAGUCGAGAGAGCCAAAGGAAUGGUAGAUAAAGAAUUGGAAGCUGAAAAACUUCAGAAAGAGCAGAAGAUUAAGGAACAUGCCAGUACUGUAAGUGAACUUGAAGAACUUCAGCUGCAAUUUCAAAAGGAAAAGAAGCAGCUUCAGAAAACCAUGCAAGAAUUAGAGCUGGUUAAAAAGGAUGCCCAACAGACCACAUUGAUGAAUAUGGAAAUAGCAGAUUAUGAACGUUUGAUGAAGGAACUAAAUCAGAAGUUAACUAAUAAAAACAGCAAGAUAGAAGAUUUGGAGCAAGAAAUAAAAAUUCAGAAACAGAAACAAGAAACCCUACAAGAAGAAAUAACUUCACUGCAGUCUUCAGUACAGCAUUAUGAAGAAAAAAACACCAAAAUCAAACAGCUGCUUGUGAAAACCAAGAAGGAGCUGGCAGAUUCAAAGCAAGCAGAAACUGAUCACUUAAUACUCCAAGCAUCUUUAAAGGGCGAGCUGGAAGCAAGCCAGCAGCAAGUAGAAGUAUAUAAAAUUCAGCUGGCUGAAGUAACAUCUGAGAAACACAAAAUCCAUGAGCACCUGAAGACUUCUGCGGAGCAGCACCAGCGCACCCUGAGUGCCUACCAGCAGAGGGUAGCAGCACUACAGGAAGAGAGUCGUGCUGCCAAGGCAGAACAAGCUGCUGUCACCUCUGAAUUUGAGAGCUACAAAGUCCGAGUUCAUAAUGUUCUAAAACAACAGAAAAAUAAGUCUGUGUCUCAGGCUGAAACUGAGGGAGCUAAACAAGAAAGGGAACACCUGGAAAUGCUGAUUGACCAACUGAAAAUCAAGCUACAGGAUAGCCAGAAUAGCUUACAAAUCAGUGUGUCCGAGCUGCAGACCUUACAGUCUGAGCAUGACACUCUGCUGGAGAGGCACAACCGGAUGCUACAGGAAACUGUGACCAAGGAGGCAGAGUUGCGAGAAAAGCUGUGUUCCGUACAAUCAGAGAACAUGGUGAUGAAGUCUGAGCAUGCCCAGACCGUGUGUCAACUAACUUCCCAGAACGAUGUGCUCCGCAGUAGUUUCCGAGAUCAAGUACGACAUUUGCAGGAAGAACACAGAAAGACGAUGGAGACUUUGCAGAACCAGCUCUCCAAGGUGGAAGCUCAGCUCUUCCAACUCAAGAGUGAACCAGCCACGAGAAGCCCAGCUUCUUCCCACCAACCUUUGAAGAACCUUCGAGAAAGAAGAAACACAGACCUUCCAGUUCUAGACAUGCACACUGCAACCCGGGAAGAGGGAGAAGGCAUGGAGACAACUGACACUGAGUCCGUGUCUUCCACGGGCACACACACUCAGUCAUUAGAGCAGCUACUUAAUUCUCCUGAGACCAAACUUGAACAACAUCUUGCAGAGCCUCCUUUAUGGCAUGCUGAAUUUACCAAAGAAGAAUUGGCUCAGAAGCUCAGUUCCACCUCAAAAAGUGCAGAUCAUUUAAGUGGCCUGCUUCGGGAGACAGAAGCCACCAACGCCAUCCUUAUGGAGCAAAUUAAGCUUCUGAAAAGUGAAAUAAGAAGAUUGGAAAGAAAUCAAGAGCGAGAGAAGUCAGUAGCUAACCUGGAAUACUUGAAGAAUGUCCUGUUGCAGUUUAUUUUCCUCAAACCAGGGAGUGAAAGAGAGAGGCUUCUUCCUGUUAUAGACACAAUGUUGCAGCUCAGCCCUGAAGAAAAGGGAAAACUUGCUACAGUUGCUCAAGGUGAGGAAGAGAAUGCUUCUCGUUCCUCUGGAUGGGCAUCCUAUCUACAUAGUUGGUCUGGACUUCGAUAAAUUGAUGGAAAGAAAAUUCUCUAUUGACUCAGUAGAAUCUAUUUUUUUAAAAAAAUGGUUCGCAUUAUUAAUCAUUCUUUUGUUAGAAAGUAUGUAUAUCUGUUCACAUCCUCUGACUUUGUAUAUAUGUAUAGCAGAUGUAUUUAGAAUUUCAACUUGGAGAAAAGUACAAUAGCUUGAAGCGAGGGUACCAGUUGUCCCCAGCCCUCUAAUUCAGCACCAUGGAUGUACAGUCUGUGGUCUCCCGUACACAUCCCUGGAUGAGAAAAUGAGGAAACAGUUCACUUCUUCACACAGGAGCCACAGGAACCACCCAUGUCUACUACUGUGAAUUUUGAAAUUGAAGUAAAUUUUGAUACCAUCCCAAUUGGGAAGUUGAAUUAGCUUCUAAAAUAAUGUUUCAAGAUUAUUUGUUAAUAAAUUGAUGAGAAAAUUUGGUAGUUAGCAUCUGAAAGACAUGCUUUAUUGGUAAAGUUGACACGUUUAUUAAGGGAUUAUGAAGUAAAUAUGCUGCAGUUAAUUAUGAGUCUAAGUUAAAUUGCAGUUUAGCUAGUUGCUUUAAAAUAAACUUCUCUCUCUCUCUCUCUCUCUCUCUCUCUCUCUCUCUCUCUCUUUCAAAUAUGCUAUUUCAAAACUCAACUAUGUUAUGGGAAGCCCUGGUGCUGCUGGUGUGACACAGAAUAAAUAUGAAUAAAUAUGUCCCCUUCAGCUGAGGGCUUCUGCAGUGUCUCCAGGCUCUGACUGUGCUGCCACUACUUAUAAGUCAUGAGUCUCUGCUAGUUCUCUGCGUCUCCCCAGAUGAAAACAUCUCAGAACAGUGACUGUCGUACUAAUAUCAUCAGCUCUACAGUGAGCCUGGUGCUUCCAGUGUGCUGCACCCGGGUAGUCUGGUUCCCUGCACAUGCCCUCCAGAGGGUUGGGGCUCAUUGUGUGGUCACAGAUCUGAUGAGUAAGGCUCGCUGUGGGAGUAUUACCUGCCUUUGAUGUUGCUGGAAAUAAUCUAUUGACUAGAUUAAAAUUUUGCUCUUAAAUUUAAGAAUUCUAUUUUUAAUAUUUAUUUGUUAAUAAGUAACCAUUAUAGUAUGCUCUCUGAAGUUGUUAAGGCUUACAGUUAAUACUCUGAUUUCCAUCUCAGCUGGAAACCUGACUUCAGUUUACUAAGAAUACUGGUUUCCAACCUAGUUUAAGUGAAAUUUGCUACUGACAUGUUGAGUUUGUUCUUUUAAAACUGCCUCUUAAUGUUCAGUCCUCGUUAGAAAAACGGACCUAACUAGUGAAUGUAUUAAUUAAAUUCAUCCGUCUCAGAGCUGACUUUAGAAGUUCAGUGGUUUUUUUAACUUCAUAAACUGUGAAUAUGCGCAUACCAGCAGCAUACAGUGUGUAACUAAACUUUUUCUUUAAACCUAUGCCUUUUGAAUUCUGUAUAAACUUGUUUUGAAAUAUAGUCUGUAUGUAUGAAUAUAAUGACAAAAAUACCUUUUCUGCAUGGUAAAGAUUACUUUGAUUACAAAAGACAUAUAUACUUUUUAUGGCUUCAGUGAUGAAGAAAUGUGGCCGGGCGUGGUGGCGCACACCUUUAGUCCCAGCACUCGGGAGACAGAGGCAGGGAAUCUCUGAGAUUGAGGCCAGCCUGGUCUACAUAGCCAGUUCCAGGCCAGUUGGGGCUACAGGGAGACCCUGUCUCAAAAAUAACAACAACAAAAAAAAGCAAUGAAGAAAUGUAAUGAUUAUUUUAGUAUUUCUAUUAAAUAUGUUUAACUGUAUAUUACAUUGUUAUGGCUACUCUUUCUGUUAAACACUCCAUGGUUGGGACCUGUUGGUACUUAAGAAGUUGUGCUACCGAUGGAGCUGCUCAGGAAUUUGAGGCCAGCCUAGUGAGACCACCUUCCCCCAGUCUCUUAAAAGAAUACAGACCAACUGUUCAGCAUAUUCAAAGAAACCAUGGCACCUGCUAUUGUGACACUCCUCCCAGCUGGAUCUGGAAGCAACACUUUGCCUUUCUUUGGGCAGUAUUGACAUUGGUUUGAACAGGGACGGAUACCUGAAAGCUUCAGCCUCAGGUAACCUCAGAGUUCAUGCAGAGCCCUUUGAGAAUUUGGACUGGGAUAUGGGGAGAGGCAGAUUGGAGAGGAGCACAAGUGCUGGAGAGACACGGACAAGCUGCACCGUGGAAGUGAGCAUGGCCCCACGUCUGGCCGUUAACAGAUGUGGAGGAGUUUAUGGUUUAGUUCAGUGUUUACCUACAUUGUGCCCUGGGUAACCUGUAUUUUGAGCCUUUCUACCUACCCAGAGCUGGGACUGAGAUCCAGAUUUCCAGGACAGAUAGAAUUGAAAUGCCUUUAAAAAUACCUUUUUAUGUUUAAGUUAGCAUACAAAGUGAUGGGUUUCAUUGUGGCAUUUCAUACAUAUAUUUCAUUAUACUUUUUUUCCUCUAAUUCCUUGCUGUUCUCCCUCAUCCAGUCGGCCUCCUCUUACUGGACCCCUUCCUCUCCCCAGAUAGUCCUCUGUUCUGCUACCGUGUCACAUGAAUCCUAGUCCCUUCUCUUUUUCUCCUCUUUCCUACAGAUCUUGUCAUCCCCUCUUAUGGUCUCUUCCACUUGUAUACCCUUCACAUAUGUACAUAUAUCUAUGUUUAUAUAUGCAUAUAUUUUGAUCUAUGUUCUGCAUAUAAGAAUAAAGAUACUUUUCUGA